AUAGUCUACUCUGAGUCUAGUCAAAGUUUUUAUAAUGAAUUUAUAUCUGGUUUUAGAGCCAAUCCAAGCUCAAAUUAUUUAAUUGUUCAUAACAUAAAUAUCAUGUUUUAUUAUAAUUUGGCAGACCAAGAGAUUAUUCAUGUUUUAUUUGCUUUACUGUCACAAAGCUUGAACUCAUGACAUCAUGAGUGUUUUCUCCUUUAGAGGAAGUGUUGCUACUUCUGUUUUAGCUCAAACCUGAAACAAUCGACCUCCUGAUGAAUACAAAGUUCUGCAGAGUGUGUGUGAACACACCACGGCGUGUGUGUGUGUGUUAACCGCUGGCUAUGCGACUAAUAACUACAGUGCUGGUUUCUGAUUGGCUGCACUCACCUUUAUUGUGUUUUUACAGCCCAGGUAUCGAAUCCUGCAUGCAGAUCCAAAGAUCGCUGCUCUGUUUGUUCAGGGCCAUAACAGGUUUUGCUGCUGGGAUCAGAAGAUCAUCAGAACCUUUUGGACCUUCUUUGUUUCCCUUCCACAGUCUGGAUCUGGAUCUGAACCUGCAUUCAUCCAAUCAGGAAGCAGAAAGACACCAGAACUUAUAAAAUUUCACAGUUUUUAUCUGUUGUUUUCAGGUAGAUUUGAGUUUUCAGUUAUCAGAACUACUUUGGGAUCCAUUUUGAAUGCGCUCGUGAUUCAGGUGUGAUGAUGGAUGAGCCGAGCUAACGAUGGGAUCGGUCGUGUCGUUCUUUAGGAAGUUGUGUGGAGGGGAGAAGCAGAAAGAGGUGGAGAGACGCCUGCGAGCGAAUGACCGAGCUUUCAACCAAACCUGGCAGUACGCUAAAAAUGCCAUCAAAACGUCCAAAUACAACCUUUUCUCCUUCCUGCCUCUGAACCUCUUUGAACAGUUCAGCAGGCUCGCCAACGCCUACUUCCUCUUCCUCCUCAUCCUCCAGCUAAUCCCACAAAUCUCUGCUGUUCCCUGGUUCACGACGGCUGUGCCGCUGAUCGUUGUGCUUUCCGUAUCGGGGGUCAAAGACGCUAACGAUGACAUAAACAGACACAAACAAGACAAGCAGGUGAAUAACCGCAAGGUGAAAGUCCUGAUACACGGAGAGCUGAGAGAAGAAAAAUGGAUGAACAUCCAGGUUGGAGAUAUCAUCAAAGUGGAGAGCAACCAGUUUGUUCCAGCCGACCUCCUGCUUCUGUCCAGCAGCGAACCUCUCAACCUGAUUUAUGUGGAAACAGCUGAGUUAGACGGGGAAACCAACCUGAAGGUGAAACAGGCCCUGACCGUCACCGGGGAGAUGGGAGACAACAUCGAUGAUCUGUCUGCCUUCAGAGGUGAAGUUCGAUGUGAGCCUCCAAACAACCAUCUGGAUAAAUUCAAAGGGACUCUGACUGUGGAUGAACAGCAACACGGGCUGGACAACGAUAAGAUCCUGCUCAGAGGAUGCACUGUGAGGAACACAGAGUGGUGCUUCGGUUUGGUCAUCUUCGCAGGUCUUGAUACCAAGCUCAUGCAGAACAGCGGGAGAACCACAUUUAAACGGACCAGCAUCGAUCAGCUGAUGAACAUCCUGGUGUUAUGUAUCUUUGGUUUCCUGGCAACUAUUUGUGCCAUCAUGACGGUUGGCCAUGCCAUCUGGGAGGUGAAUGAGGGCUCGACCUUUACAGCGUUUCUUCCCCGCCAAUCAGGCGUUGACAUUCCUCUAUCGUCCUUCUACGCCUUCUGGUCCUACGUCAUUGUCCUCAACACGGUUGUGCCCAUUUCUCUCUAUGUCAGCGUGGAGAUGAUCCGCCUCGGGAACAGCUUCUUCAUAGACUGGGACAGGAAGAUGUACUAUCCGAAGAAAGACACUCCGGCUCAGGCGAGGACCACCACACUCAACGAGGAGCUGGGUCAGAUCAAGUACAUCUUCAGCGACAAGACCGGCACUCUGACACAGAACAUCAUGACCUUCAACAAAUGCUCCAUCAACGGGAGAAACUAUGGUGAGCUGUAUGACUUUUCUGGACAAAGGAUGGAGAUAACGGAGAACAUGAAGAGAGUGGACUUCACCUGGAACCAGCUGGCAGAUCCAAAGUUUGUCUUCCAUGAUUACAGCCUGCUGGAGUCGGUGAAGGAGGGAAACCCAGAGGCCCAGGCCUUCUUCCGCCUGCUGGCUCUGUGCCACACCGUCAUGUCGGAGGAAAAGAAAGAGGGGGAACUCAACUAUCAGGCUCAGUCGCCAGAUGAGGGCGCUCUAGUGACCGCAGCGAGGAACUUUGGGUUUGUUUUUCGCUCGCGGACGCCAGAGACCAUCACUAUCAUGGAGAUGGGGAGGAAAGUUACAUAUGAGCUUCUGGCUGUUCUGGACUUCAACAACGUGAGGAAGAGGAUGUCAGUUAUCGUCCGUGACCCUGAGGGCAGGAUGACUCUUUACUGCAAAGGAGCAGACACCAUCAUCUAUGAGCGACUGCACCCAUCCUGCUCCAAACUGAAGGAUGUCACCAGCACACACCUGAACGAGUAUGCAGGCGACGGGCUUCGCACUCUGGCUCUGGCCUACAAAGACUUGGAGGAGAGCUACAUGGAGCGCUGGCUGCAGCGCCACCAGGAGGCCACCACGGCCAUUGAGGGACGCGAGGACAGACUGGAUGUUCUCUACGAAGACAUCGAAAUGGACCUGAUGCUGUUGGGAGCCACAGCUGUGGAGGACAAGUUGCAGGAUGGCGUCCCUCACACCAUCGAGCAGCUGGCCAAAGCUGACAUCAAAAUCUGGGUUCUGACCGGAGAUAAACAAGAAACAGCAGAAAACAUUGGAUAUUCCUGCAACAUGCUGAGAGAAGAGAUGAAGGAGAUCUUUGUUGUGACUGCUAACACAGCUGACAAGGUCAAAGAGGAACUACAGAACGCCAGAAGGAAAAUGUGUCCCGGAUCAGCAGAGAAGCCGAAGGUGAUCAAAGCUCGAGCCGGCUUGUUUUGGCUCCAGAAGACCCAGACUGUCCAGGAUGAAAAAGUAAACGGAGAAUAUGGCCUGAUUAUAAACGGACAUAGCUUGGCCUACGCGCUGCAAGAGGAAUUGGAGUUGGAGCUGCUGAGGACGACAUGCAUGUGCAAGACGGUCAUUUGCUGCAGGGUCACCCCGCUGCAGAAGGCCCAGGUGGUUGAACUGGUCAAGAAGUACAAACAGGCUAUAACUCUGGCCAUAGGAGACGGAGCCAAUGAUGUCAGCAUGAUCAAGGCUGCUCAUAUCGGCGUGGGCAUCAGCGGUCAGGAGGGGAUGCAAGCUGUUCUCUCCAGCGACUUCUCCUUCGCCCAGUUCCGUUACCUCCAGCGCCUCCUGCUGGUGCACGGCCGCUGGUCCUACAUUCGCAUGUGCAAGUUCCUGCAAUAUUUCUUCUACAAGAACUUUAGCUAUACCCUUCUUCACUUCUGGUAUGGUUUCUUCUGUGGCUUUUCUGCACAGACUGUUUAUGAUGACUGGUUCAUCACCAUAUAUAAUAUGGUUUAUACUGCUACCUCAGUUCUCGCCUUGGGCCUCUUUGACCAGGACGUCAACGACCGCUGGAGUUUCCGAUAUCCUCAGCUCUACUCUCCCGGCCAGCUCAACAUGUUUUUCAGUAAAAGAACUUUUGUCCAAUGUUUAAUAGUCAGCACCUACACCUCCCUGGUCCUCUUCUUUAUCCCAUGGGCAGCUAUGCAGGACUCUGUCCGGGGCGAUGGCAAAGACGUAGCGGACUAUCAGUCCUUCGCUAUGUUGACGCAAACCAGCCUGAUGGUAGUGGUGAGCUCUCAGAUGUUUCUUGACACCUAUUACUGGACAGUGAUUAAUCAGUUCUUUCUGUGGGGGAGCAUUGCUGCCUACUUGGCCAUCACUUUUACUAUUUCCAGCAAUGGUCUUUUUUUCAUGUUCACCUCCAGUUUCCCCUUCAUUGGCUCAGCGAGGAACAGUUUGAACCAGCCGAACGUGUGGCUGACGAUGUUCCUGACCUGUCUUCUCUGCAUCCUGCCUACGGUGGCUUAUCGGUUCCUCCGCAUGCAGCUUCGUCCCACCAUCACUGAUAAGGUCAGGCAUAAGGCUCGGGAGGAGGGACAGCCGGCUCCGGCUCCUUACCGACCACCUCAACGGCGCGUCAGCACCCGCCGCUCCAGCUACGCCUUCUCCCACUCCCAGGGCUACGGAGACCUGGUGACCUCCCGCAAAUUCCUGCGCCUGAAGAGGCGUCCGUCCCUGUUCGGCAGAAAGGACUCUCCGCUGGUGGAGAACCAGCCGCAGCGCUAUCGGACCAUAACGGAGGAGACAGAAGAGUCACAGACAUAGGAUGCGUUCAGGGACUGAAUUAUUUUUAUUUGUGUCGUUAUAUACUGAGAACUGGACGGAUGCCAGAGGAAAUAAUGGUGUCAUUAAGACACUCAAAUAAUGUUUUAUUAUUUUAUUAUUGAUAAAGAGCUAAUGGCAACACUGUGAAUAUGUUUACUAAUUAUACAUUAAAAGUAAAAACUGGUGACCUUCGAUGCUUACAGUUCCAGUCUGGUUUACUUCUUUGGCGUUAGACAAGAAAGGGCGCCAUCUUGUGGUGUGAAGAGUGUAAGCGCAGUAAUAAACUCCAUGAUGUUUUUCUUUUCUUUUUCUUUCGUUUUUUUGUCGUUGUUGUUCCUGUUUUUGAGCGUCUUUAAGCAAAAAUUAUGUUUACUUCUCAGAUUUUUCUGAAACACUAUUUGGCCUUUAUUAAACAUUUAUUAUAUUUUAAGCAGAAAAGUACAAUAUAUGCCAAUCACAUAAACAUACAGUGGAAAAAGUUCCAGAUUUAAUUGUCUUUGCAUGUUUAUAACAUCAAACA